AUGGACUUCAUCAGCUUUAAACGGGACUUUUUCAACGGACUGAAUCCUGAGCCGAUGGAAAGCUUUAGAGAUAAAGCAAUAUCCUUCUUUGAAUCUUUGGAACUGUACGAAAGGGCCCUUCUGCUGUGUACUGAUGAAAAUCAACGAUUCGAGAUUUUGCUUAAGCUGAAUAGACUUGAAGAUGCCCUGAAAAAUGCCAACUCGCUAAUAAAAUAUGAAAAAUUGGGAAGAAGGUUUCUAAGUCUUGGCGAGUUUAAUAGAGCCUCCGAGUGCUUUUUGAAGUCCAACGAUCUUGACAGUCUACUCUUGACGGAUGCUUUUGGUGAUAAAAAGUAUCUUGGAUAUGUGGCCAAAAAAGCCAAAGAAAAUGGUAGAAACAACUUGGCCUUUCUGGCUGGCUAUAAGAACAAGGACUACGAGCUUUGUGCAAAGCUGCUCAAGGAUACUCCGUUUUACCAAGCAUUUAAACAGUUCUAUACUGAAUAA